AUGAAGCGCAAGGCCGAUUCACGGAUUGACGACAAGAGGGCGUCCAAGAAGAAGUCCAAGACGACUCUCACGGCCGACGUCGCAAAGUCAAGGUUUCGCAAAGGUCUCUUCGACAAGAAUGUCCUCGACUCGUACACCCGCCAGUACGCCACCUCGAGCCCUUACAAGCACUCGGUCAUCAACGGCCUCGUCAACGACCGCCUCCUGCGCUCCGUCCGUGACGAGAUUCGCGAAAACGUUUCCUUCACCCCCAAGGAGACGGACAUUUACAAGAUCCACCAGUCCGGCGACCUCGCCAAUCUUGACGGUCUCGACGACGAUGCCCUCGCCAAACUGCCGUCGCUGCUCUCGCUGCGCGACGCGAUAUACUCCGAGACCUUCCGCGACUAUGUCUCCCACAUCACCGGAUGCGGACCCCUGAGCGGCCGCAAGACCGACAUGGCCAUCAACGUCUACACCCCCGGCUGCUAUCUCCUCUGCCACGACGAUGUCAUCGGUAGCCGCAAGGUCAGCUACAUCCUCUACCUCACGGACCCGGACACGCCGUGGAAGCCUGAGUGGGGCGGCGCUUUGCGGCUGUUCCCCGUCGACGAGCGCAAGGGCAAGGACGGCGAGAUCGCCAAGACGCCGGCCCCGGACCACACCAAGGUCAUCCCGCCCGCUUGGAACCAGCUGUCCUUCUUCGCCGUGCAGCCGGGCGAGUCCUUCCACGAUGUCGAGGAGGUGUACCAUGCCAAGACCAAGGAGCAGCUCGAACGCGAGGGCGGCCGAAUCCGCAUGGCCAUCUCCGGGUGGUUCCACAUCCCCCAGGUUGGCGAGGACGGCUAUGUCGAGGGCGCCGAGGAGAAGCAGGUCAAGAACUCGGGGCUCAUGCAGCUCCAGGGCAAUCCGGACCAGCACGACACGCCGCGCGCGAAGCCCACCAAGGUCGAGAAGCCCAAGGCGAGCCUGGAAGGCUUCGACGAAGCCGGGCUUGAGUUCUUGCUAAAGUACAUGGCACCGACGUACCUCACGCCGGACACGCUGGAGCAGAUCUCGGAGCAUUUUGAGGAGAACUCGAGUAUCACGCUCUCAAACAUCCUGUCCAAGAAGUUCUCUGCCCGGCUGAGAGACUACGUCGAAUCCCAGGAGAAGGCGUCGCUGCCCGAAAAGAGUGCGGCUGUUGAGAAGAAGUCGGCGUGGUGCGUCGCCCGCCCGCCGCACAAGCACCGAUUCCUCUUUCAACAGCCCGCCGGGGCCGACGAGCUGCGCAGCUCGCAGGAGGAGAACCCGCUGACGGAGCUGUUGGACCACCUGCUCCCAUCACGCCAGUUUCGCGAAUGGUUGCAGGUCGCCACGGGCACUGUCGUCGAGGGCCACGAGUUCCUUGCGCGCCGCUUCCGUCGGGGCCAGGACUACACUCUUGCGACGGGCUACGAAGGUAAGCCGCGCCUAGAGUUCAACCUCGGCAUCACGCCGUCCAAGGGCUGGGGCGACGAGGAUGACGAAGAGGAACCCGAGGAGGAGGAGGAGGAAAAUGAGAAGGCAGGCAGGAAGACGAAGAAGCGCAGCAAGGGUAAAAGCAAGGCUAAGGCAGAGCCCGAACCUGAACCCGAAGAAGAGAUUGAGGUUGGCGGGCACGAGGUGUACAUGGCGGGCGACGACGGCGACGAGGACGAGGAUGCGGCCAUCUACAAGUCUAGCGGCGACGACGACAAUAUCCUCUUCUUCCAGGCGGCCGCGUGGAACAAGCUGACGCUCGUUCUGCGCGACAGCGGCACGUUGCGCUUCGUAAAAUAUGUCGGCCGCGCGGCCAAGGGCGACCGCUGGGACAUUUCAGGCGCGCUCGACAUCGAGGACGAGGACGAGGACGGCGGCGAGGCGAGCGGGUCCAAGAACAAGGCCGGCCACGAUGAGUCCGACUCUGCGGAGGAGUGGAACGGCUUCUCCGACUCACCUGCAGCGGAGAGCGAUAGUGACUAA